GGAAAUCUUGCAGAAAUUAGCGAACAUCCCAGAGCGCUGACAGUGCCGGGUGAACCCCCUUUCGCUUCUGGUUGAUCCAUGCUGCUCCGCUCCUCAUAGAAUAAUAAUGACUCGAAACAAGUUUACGAUACUUUUGAUACAGCUGUGCUGGACAGUGUAUGUGGUAACUGGCAUUCACAGGAAAGACAUUUUUCCUUAUGGGACACUCAGCGGAGAUUUAACCCUACAGGAGGGGGAUGAUGAAACUUCGAAAGUUAUAGUGCUAACCAGACCCAUGCGUUUUUAUGAAGCCUCUUUCAGCAGCCUCUACGUUGCCACCAAUGGGAUCAUCUCGACGCAGGACCUGCCCAUGGAGAAGCAGUACGUGGACGACGGCCUCCCCACCGACUUCCCCGUCAUCGCCCCGUUCUUGGCCGACCUGGACACCAGCAACGGCCGCGGCACCAUCUACUACCGGCAGACGGAGUCGCCCACAAUCCUCAACCGCGUUGCCAUGGAGGUGCAUCGCGGCUUCCCCGACGCCCGCUUCACCCCCACCCACGCCGUCGUGGUCACCUGGGAGAACGUCGGGGCCUACGAGGAAGGGUCCCGCAGCAGCGACGGAUCGUCCAACAGGGUGAACACGUUCCAGGCUGUAGUGGCGUACGAUGAGACAGACACCUAUGGCCUGUUCUUGUACCCAGAAGGUGGCCUGAACUUCUUUGGGACACGGCCGAAGGAGUCGUAUAAUGUGGAGAUCGAGCUGCCUGCCCGCGUAGGCUUCAGCCGAGGGGAGGUCUCCUUCCUGUUCUUCUCUCGCCAGGAGGGGCCCUUCUACAGCAUCACAACCAACGAGCAGUCGGUCAAGAACCUCUACCAGGUUGGAAAUACGGGAUUGCCAGGUGUGUGGCUCUUCCACAUCGGCAGCAGUUACUCCUUCGACAACGUGAUCCCAGCUGCAGUGGGCGGCGUGCUCGCCACACCGCCCCCUUUUGACGCGGAGGCCACCACCCCGGAGUACUCUGAGUACUCCGACUACCCCGAGUUCCAGUCCCCGACGCUGCCGGAGUUUGUGGAAGCUGGAGCUGACCCAUCGCUCCUGCAGUCGCCGGACCAGCCGCAGGUCCAGCUCUACGGCGAGGAAGUGCCACUCACGGCCAGCCCAGAGACCCCCGAGAGCCCCAACUCGGAGUCCGGCCCCCGGGAGCACCCCGCCAUCCCCGAACCCCGCAACCUGCCCCCGGAGCACUCCGGGCUGCCCCAGAGACCCGUGCCCGAGCACACCAUCCUGGAGCUGUUCCCCACCCGGGACGGUGGCUCGCCACGUCACUCCCCCAAGGACCAGGUGGACAGCGUGGUGCAAGGGGUCGACUUGGACACUGGAGUGAUCCAGUAUAACAGCGGCAGCAAGGAGACGUGUGAGCGCUCCAGUCAGCAGUGUUCCCAGAAUGCCCACUGCUCCGACUACGCCACUGGCCUCUGCUGCCACUGCCGCUCCGGUUUCUACGGCAAUGGCCAACACUGCCUGCCAAGCGGUGCGCCCCAUCGUGUGAACGGAAAGGUGAACGGUGUGGUGUUGGUCGGCUCCACGCCGGUCGAGAUCAACAACGUCGACCUGCACGCGUACGUGGUGGUGAGUGACGGCCGGGCCUACACGGCCAUCAGCGAGGUGCCUGAGCCGGCCGGCUGGGCCCUGAUGCCCGUGGCGCCCAUCGGAGGCCUCUUCGGCUGGCUCUUCGCCCUGGAGCUCCCCAACAGCCAGAACGGCUUCACCAUCACCGGUGCGGAGUUUACUCGCCAUGCUGAUGUCACCUUCUACCCUGGGAACGAGCGCCUGAGCAUAGUCCAGACAGCCAAAGGUUUGGACGCCGAGAACUACCUCAGCGUGGACACCAAGCUCAGCGGCAGUGUCCCCUUCAUACCCCCAGGGGCAACAGUGCAGAUGGAGCCAUUUAAAGUGACCUUUCAAUACUACCCCUCAGUGACCACCUCCAUCUCCGUGCGCGAGUUCACGGUUGUGUCGGCGGAGAGCGGCGCCGAGACGUUCUCCUUCCAGCUGCGGCAGAACAUCACGCUGGCUACUGCCGGGCAUCGGCCCCGAGGGGGCGACGCUUGGAGCUUAGCGUGGAGCCGCCGUCUUAAGCCAUGUUCAGGGAGGAGCGAUCUCCGCUACGCCAUCACCAACAAGAUCGGCCCCGUCGGAGCGGGCAUCCCUGAUGGGGGCGAGGUCAACCCCUGCUAUGCGGGCACUCAUGAUUGUGACACGACUGCCCAGUGCAUACCAGGAGAGGGCCAGAACUUUCAGUGCCAGUGUGCCACUGGUUACCGUGGAGAUGGACGCAACUGCUACGACAUAGAUGAGUGUGCGGAGCAUCUCAGCUCGUGCGCUGCCCACUCCCAGUGUGAGAAUCUGCAGGGCAGCCACCGCUGUCUGUGCCAACCUGGCUACGAGUUCGGCUUCGAUGGACGCACCUGCAUAGAUGUGGACGAGUGCCGCUCCCAGCCCUGCCAUGCUCAGGCCUCCUGCACCAACUCGCUGGGCUCGUUCCACUGCCAGUGCCAGGCCGGGUACCAGGGCAACGGCUUCCAGUGCCACCCUCAGAGUGGAGGCUCAGAGCGCCCCAAGACCCACUGCGAGCGGCACAGAGACAGCGCGCAGACUUCUCAGGACGGCUUCUCUCUAGUCGGAGCCUUCGUUCCGGAGUGUGACGAGGCGGGUCAGUACCGCCCGCUGCAGUGCCACGGCUCUACGGGUCACUGCUGGUGUGUGGACGUGCAGGGCCAGGAGAGGGCGGGCACUAGAGCGCCCCCUAGCUCCCCACGACCCAACUGCAACGAGCCAGAGCGUCCCAAGACCCAGUGUGAGCAUCACAGAGACGGCGCGCAGACUUCCCAGGACGGCUUCUCUCUAGGAGCCUUCGUUCCGGAGUGUGAUGAGGCGGGUCAGUACCGCCCGCUGCAGUGCCAUGGCUCUACGGGUCACUGCUGGUGUGUGGACGUGCAGGGCCAGGAGAGAGCGGGCACUAGAGCGCCCCCUAGCUCCCCACGACCCAACUGCAACGAGCCAGAGCGUCCCAAGACCCAGUGUGAGCGCCACAGAGACAACGUCCAGGGCUCCCAGGAUCUAAGCCCCGAUUGUCGGAGCCCCUUCGCCCCGGUGCGUGACGAGGCGGGUCAGUACCGGGCCUCGGCCGAAAAGCACGGCUCUACGGGUCACUGCUGGUGUGUGGACGUGCAGGGUCAGGAGAGGGCGGGCACUAGAGCGCCCCCUAGCUCCCCACGACCCAACUGCAACGAGCCAGUCCGCCCGGAGCGCCCCAGGACCCAGUGUGAGCAUCACAGAGACAGCCUGCAGGGCUCCCAUGGUGGAGUCGGAGCCUUCGUCCCGCAGUGUGACGAGGAGGGUCAGUACCGCCCGCUGCAGUGCCACGGCUCAUCGGGUCACUGCUGGUGUGUGGACGUGCAGGGCCAGGAGAGGGCGGGCACUAGGACCCUCCCGGGCACCCCUCCUACCAACUGCGAUGGACCAGUUCGCCCAGAGCGUCCCAAGACCCAGUGUGAGCAUCACAGAGACGGCGCGCAGACUUCUCAGGACGGCUUCUCUCUAGUCGGAGCCUUCGUCCCGGAGUGUGACGAGGCGGGUCAGUACCGCCCGCUGCAGUGCCACGGCUCUACGGGUCACUGCUGGUGUGUGGACGUGCAGGGCCAGGAGAGGGCGGGCACUAGAGCGCCCCCUAGCUCCCCACGACCCAACUGCAACGAGCCAGUCCGCCCGGAGCGCCCCAGGACCCAGUGUGAGCAUCACAGAGACAGCCUGCAGGGCUCCCAUGGUGGAGUCGGAGCCUUAGAUCCCCGGUGUGACGAGGAGGGUCAGUUUGCCAUGCAGUGCCACGGCUCAUCGGGUCACUGCUGGUGUGUGGACGUGCAGGGCCAGGAGAGGGCGGGCACUAGGACCCUCCCGGGCACCCCUCCUACCAACUGCGAUGGACCAGUGCCACCAACCCAGCGUCCAGAGACAGUUUGUGAGCGCUGGAGGGCCAGCCUCAUCGAGCACUACGGUAGCCAGCCGGACCCACACCACUACCUGCCGCAAUGUGACUCGGCUGGCGAGUUCAACCCCGUCCAGUGCUACGGGGACAGCAGCUACUGCUGGUGCGUGGACAAGGAUGGACGCGAAGUGCCCGGGACCAGAGCCAAUGAUGCUGUAAAGCCAGCCUGUAUCCCUACUGUGGCUCCUCCCACCCAGCGUCCACUGCCCCGCCCUGAUGUGACCCCACCCCCGACUGGGGGCGUGUCCCUGCUGUACGCUCAAGGGCAGCAGAUUGGUGCUCUGCCGCUGACCGGCACCCGCAUGGACAAGGACAAAUCCUCAGUGCUGCUGCAGCUCCACGGGUCUAUUGUGGUCGGGGUCGCCCACGACUGUCUGGAGAGGAAAGUUUACUGGACCGACAUCGCUGGAAGAACCAUCAACCGAGCUGGUCUGGCGGCUGGAUCGGAACCUGAGGUUCUAAUUAACACAGGUCUGACCAGUCCAGAGGGUCUGGCUUUGGAUGUGGUCCGACGAAGAAUGUUCUGGGUGGACAGCACCAUGGACAAGAUUGAGACGAGCAACCUGGACGGCACUGGGCGACGGGUCCUGAUCGACAAGGACCUGGUGAACCCGCGAGCCAUCAUCGUAGAUUCAUCCUCAGGAACCGUGUACUGGACAGACUGGAACCGCGAGGCCCCGAAGAUCGAGGGCGCCUCUGUGGACGGGCAGAACAGAAAGGUUCUCGUCCAGGAGGGCAUCGGGCUGCCCAACGCUCUGACCUUUAACCCCGCCAGCCAUCAGGUGUGCUGGGGAGAUGCAGGUACGAAGCGGCUGGAGUGUAUAUCUCCUGAUGGAACGGGCCGUCAGGUGAUCCACAGCGGCCUCAACUACCCCUUCGCCAUGGUCUUUCACGCCAACCACUUCUACUACACGGACUGGAGAAGGGACGCCAUCAUUGGCAUGAGUAGAGGCACCAGCCAGUUCACAGACGACUACCUGCCGGAGCAGAGGUCACACCUGUACGGAAUCGCUCUCGCGUCGCCGAACUGUCUAUAAGGGAGAGGGGUAAUGACAGAGGCCGAGCUGCAUGGUGCUAUUUUUGGGCGAGUCGUGAAGCGCUCGCUCUGUGGGAACUCCUCCAAGGCUUCUGGUGUGCGCCACUCGAGGCGGGAAGGCCCGAGGCCGUCGUUCCAGCCUCGACGUCCACCGACGCCACAACACCACCAGGGAGAACGAUUCACAAACGGGGAAGUGACCUACGUUUUUGUUUAUUUUUCCAAAUAAAGUUUUUUUGUAAAUUUGUUUUAUACCUCACCUCAUUCUACUGUAUGUUUGUAUUUUUGUUGUUGUUUAAAAAUGAAGCCAAAGAAACUUGGAAAUCACUCUUUGUGCAACACGUCCUGGUAUUUUGAGUGUGUGCGAGCCAACCUGCAGUGUUUGAGUAUUCAGUGCACUAGGAGGAAUUAGUAUUUCACAUGCUUAAUUGAACUUAGUCAAAAGUGUUUUUUUACCCCCCUGUUCAUGUUAAAAAAAUACUUUUUUAUCUUUUGUAAAAUGUGAUAUUUAUAACAAUAAAAUGUGACCAGGGACUUCUU